CAGAAAAUGUAAACAAGCCCUUCAUGGGCCCUGUAAAUAAAUUGGUGGAUAAACAGGAACACAAUUGCUUACAGUAUUUUCAGUAAAACAAAAUGCCGAAAGUAGUGUCGCGUAGUAUUGUUUGUUCCGAUUCAAAGGACAAAGAAGAGUACAAUGAAACGGGCCCGCUCAACAUCUACUACUGCUUGUGUGGACAAAUGAGCUUGAUUCUGGAUUGCACACUAGAAAAACUACCCCUCCGGCAGUUGGAUGGGGCCCGCGUCAUAGACAGUGCCCGACACGCCAACAAGGUCAAUGCGGACGCGAGCGAAACAGUCUUCAUCCAGCGGGAAGCGGGCAUCGAGAAGCAGCACCGCUUGAAGUGCAAAAAGUGUGGCCUACCGCUGUACUACCGGCACAGUAACGAUCCGCAGGUGACGUUCGUGAUCAAGCGAGCGCUGGUGAAGUGCAAGAGCGAAGCCAAAAUAUCGGAAAUCAUCAAAACGCCGAGCGCCAGCCUGAAUCCGACGCUGGAGCCUAAGAAGGUGAUGGUCACGAAACAUACGAAGAACAUGGGCAAAUUCAGCUCCGUAACCGUGUCGACCAUCGACGAGGAAGAGGACGAAAUUGAGGCACGGGAGGUUGCGGACAGCUACGCCAACAAUGCGCGCAUCAUCGAGAAACAGCUCGAGCGAAAGGGCGGCAAGACGAAUGAGGACGUGCUGAAGGAAAAGAUUGAACCACCGCCACCGAAAAAGACGCGCGGCACAUUGCUCGAUACGUAGUUUGGUCGGUCGAAUGUAAAUGUUUCGCUUUUAACAAUAAACUUAACAAUAUCGUGUAACAAUA